AUGACGGAGUUAAAUCCUCUUGCAAUUUUAACUAAACUAGAUAGUUCAGGCUGUACACUGAAUACUUUGACACUUUCCCAGGAGUUUAAUUGUGAUCAUGAGAGAAUUAUUGGUAUAAUUAAGAGUUUAGAAUCACGUGAAAUGGUGAAGUCAAAGAUAUAUUCAACAAUGACUGUUCAUUUAACUGAGGAAGGUCUUGAAUACUUAAGAAAUGGAACUCCGGAGUAUCAGCUUAUCCAAUUUCUUUUAUCAAGAGACAAUUUUUCAGCAAAUGUUGGCGAACUACCAUCACAUAUACCUUCCAAAAUUUUGAAGAUUGGAUUAUCUAAAUGUUUACAUCAAGGAUUUGUAACUUUGGAUAAAGUAAAUAACCUUGUGAAGAUUGUUAACAAAGACAUUGACCUUUUGAGGACAGAUAAAAUAAGGGAGCACUUGAAGGAAGUUAGCUUAUAUGGUAAGAAUGAGAAUUAUUUUAAAAAAAGUGAGGAUAUUCUUUUAGAACUUAAAAAACGUAAAUUAAUAAAUAUACAUAAGAAGACAUUUUUUUUAAUAGAAAAAGGGACGAAUUUCUCUACAAUAAUUAAGUCUGAAAUUACUGAUAUUACUCAAGAUAUAAUUCUUGACAAAUCUUGGGAGGGUAGUGACUUCAAGCCAUAUAAUUUUUUUGCAAAGGGUAAACGUCUAAUUCGUAGUCACAUACAUCCGUUGACAAGGUCCUUACUCAAAUUUAAACGUAUUCUUUUGCACAUGGGGUUUGAAGAAAUGCCAACUAAUAGAUGGGUUGAGAGCUCUUUUUGGAAUUUUGAUGCUCUUUUUCAGCCACAGCAGCACCCCGCAAGGGAUUCUAAUGACACAUUCUUUUUAAAUAAACCCAGUACAUUUAGAAUGAAUUUAGAGCUUGAUGAAGUGCAUAUUAAUAGGGUUAGAGAUAUUCAUCAAAUUGGAGGAUAUGGAUCUGUUGGUUUAGGUUAUAAUUGGGAUAUCGAAGAGGCCAGCAAGAAUAUUUUGAGAACUCAUACAACUGCUAUAUCUGCGAGGAUGAUUUAUUACUUAGCCAAAUUAUAUAGUAAUGAUCAGGGUGAUUGGUCACUUACAAAUUUUAAAAGAAAGGCAUUAUUUUCAAUAGAUCGUGUAUUCAGGAAUGAGUCUAUAGAUUCUACUCAUCUAGCUGAAUUUCACCAGGUUGAAGGGUUAAUUAUAGAUAGAAAUUUAUGCUUAGGUGAUUUACUUGGUACCUUUUCUACAUUUUAUGAGAAAAUCGGAAUAUCUAAAUUGAAAUUUAAACCUACCUUUAAUCCAUACACUGAACCUUCAAUGGAAGUAUUUGGAUAUCAUGAGAUUUUGAAGAAGUGGAUUGAAAUAGGUAACUCUGGAAUGUUUAGACCAGAAGUAUUGAGAUCCCUUGGACUACCUGAAGGCAUAGUAGUUAUUGCAUGGGGAUUAUCACUUGAACGCCCAACAAUGAUUCAUUAUAAUAUCCCUAAUAUUAGAGAUCUUUUUAGUUAUAGAGCAAAUAUCUUCACAUAAAAUAUUGUAAUUUAAAUAGAUUUUUGUUUGAUAUUCUGGGUAGU